AUGCCUUCCUCCAAUACCGUCACCUCACCAGACUUACUCGAAGAAGACUCCAUCCUGCUCUCCAAUCUUCGCUUCCCCUAUUACCACCCUCUCGGACAUAUGCACAUUCUUCCUGCUGAUCCACUGAAUUCGACGACUUACCCAUCUGAGUCUCGAUUACACAUUGGUUUGGCUACAUGGUCUUUGCCAGAUAAGGCUUACUCUGAAGCUAAUCGUCAGUCGUCACUUUCAUUUGUGCCGGCUACUGCUGAGUCGGAGACUACAAGUCAGCUCUUGACACUUGAUAAGCCAGACGUGCCAUUUUCUAACGACGUUAAAGAUGCUAUACACGCCACACUUCCAUUUUUCCAUGGAGUUGUCGCUGCUACUCCAUCACCUCCUUUACUACUGUUGGAUUCAAACAGAUCUGCUCUCGAAUGCCUUAUGCGCGUGCUGCAACAAGGCUGGAUGGCAAUUUUAGUUGGGCCUGUAAAUUCUGGUAAUCAUUAUACUCAUUAA